AAUUAUUCAAUAUACCAUCAACACCAAAGCAAAAGAAAGAGUUUUUUCAAAACUUUGGAAAAGAAUCAUUAAGCUGUGCUCUACGAAUGUUAUUGUAGGCGUCGAAUCAAUAAUCACAGAAGAUUACUAAACGCAUAUUAUCAUCAGAGCCUUAAUUAAUAUUUUGAGAAUCAUGGAAGCGUUGGGAGUAAUUUGGGAAGUUGCGAAAAGUUUGUUGAGUUGCACAAAUGCACAAGCUGCCUAUGUUUAUAAGCUGCAGGAGAAUCUGGAAUCACUGAACAAAAUAUGGGAUGAUCUUCAAAACAAGGAAAAGGACGUGCUAACAGAAAUUGAAAGAGCUGAGAGCACAAGAGUGAUGAAAAGGACAAAGGAAGUGGCCAGUUGGCUUCAAGAAUUUCAAAAACUUCAAGAGAAAAUGAUGAAGGAUAUUCCAAAUUUUCAAGAAGUUCAAAGUAACCGAUGUCUGAAUGGUUAUUGCCCAAAGAACUAUGUUUCAAGCUACAAGGUGGGAAAGAAAAUUGUUGAGAGGCUCAACGAGGUGAAUGCCAUGCUUUCUAAAGUUGAUAAGAUCACGCAGUUUGCUAUUCAGCAACCACCUAAACCUGUUGCUGAGAUGCCUUGCGGUGAUACUAUAGGCUUGGACUUGAUGGUCAACGAAGUCUGGAAUAGUCUUAAAGAUGAUAAUGUGGGAAUAAUUGGUCUGUAUGGAAUGGGUGGGGCCGGAAAAACUACACUCAUGAAGAGAAUUCAAAGUGAGUUAGGAAAGAGGGAGCAUAGUUUUGAUCUAGUGUUGUGGGCAGUGGUUUCUAAAGAUUGUGAUACAAAGAAAAUCAUGACCGACAUCAGCAGAAGGAUAGGGAUCGAUGAUAGUGUUUGGGAGGAAAGUAGUCAAGACCAAAAAGUAGGAAAAAUUUAUGAAGGGUUGAAAGAAAAAAAGUUUUUGUUGAUGUUGGAUGAUUUGUGGGAAAAGCUAGAACUUCAAGAGUUAGGUUUUCCAGUCCUGAAAGAAAGUAACAACAAAUCGAAAGUAGUGUUCACAACACGCAUCAAGGACGUAUGUGCUAAAAUGAAAGCUCAAAAGAAACUUGAAGUGAAAUGUCUAUCCGAUGAAGAAGCGUUUGAAUUGUUUCGUAGCAAAUUAGGCGAUGAGACAUUAAAUUGUCACACAGAGAUCCCAAAGCUAGCCCAUGAAAUGGCUAAAAAAUGUAGAGGAUUGCCGCUAGCAUUAAUCACUGUGGGAAGUGCCAUGGCUGGAGUGGAAAGUUAUGAAGCUUGGGAGGUUGCAAAAAAUAAUUUGAGUAGUUGUUCUUGGACAGCCGGAGAUAUUGUAAAAGUUUUUCGUACCCUCAAGUUUAGCUAUGACAAACUUCCAGAUAAGGCACAUCAAAGCUGCUUCUUGUAUUGUGCACUAUACCCAGAAGAUUAUGAAAUAGAUGUUGAUGAACUUAUUGAUCGAUGGAUUGGUGAGGGAUUUCUUGAUAAAGAUGCUAAGAAUGUAUAUGAUAUGUACAACCAAGGGAAAUCUAUAAUUCAAAAAUUACUACUUUCAUGCCUAUUAGAGGAGGAUAUUGAAAUUCACCAUCCGUUUUGGCAUGGGAAUAGUAAUAGGAAAAUUAAAAUGCACGACAUGAUUAGAGAUAUGGCACUAUGGUUAACUCGAGAUGAAGAUGAAAACAAAGACAAAAUUGUAGUUCAAAGGGAAGCAUCUUCAAUGUCAGAAAUGGAUUCUAGAAGAUUGAAUGUUGUAGAGAGGAUUUCAAUAAUAAACACUGACUGGAAUUUAGAAGAAAGCUGGAAGGUACCAACUUGUCCAAAUCUCAUCACCCUUUGUUUAAAUUUAGAAAUGGAUUUUGAUGCCCCUGCUUUUUCAUUAAAUUUCCAAUCCUUAAAAAAGCUGAGAGUGUUGGAUUUAUCAUAUAGUGAUUCUUCUAUCAAUCUGCCCUCAGAAAUAGGCGAGUUAAUCAACUUGGAAUUCCUUAACCUUUCCAAAUCAGAAGUAUUUACAUUGCCUAUUGCAAUGAAGAAGUUGAAAAACUUGAGGGUAUUUCUUAUGGACAAUGUGGCUAGUUGGAGUCAUAUAAUUAAAUCCAUUUUGGAAGUGAUAGAAAGUCUUGAACAAUUAAAGGUGUUUAGAUUUAUUGCAUCAGAUGGAUCCUCUAAAAGCGGCAGCACCAUAGAAGAAGAGAUAUCAUUACUAGAGAAGCUGGAAUCAUUACCAAAACUGGAGGAACUGAGUGUCUCAUUAACAAACUUCGCUAGUGUGCAGACACUAUUUCACUCAACCAAAUUACGAGAUUGCUCUAGAGGGCUUUGGAUUUCUGAAUUUAAAAGGUGGCAAAACUCACUUGAAAUGUCUUCAUUAUUAACAUCCAUGUCGGAAAUGAUGCAUUUGGACCUCAUAUAUCUUUGGGGCAUAAAAAGCCUCAUGGAUGCUUCAUUGAUUGCUGACAAAUGCCAUCUGGGCAAGCUUCGCCAAGUGCACAUAUAUCAUUGUUAUUCAAUAACUCAUUUGACAUGGUUGAGGUAUGCUCCGCUUCUUGAGAAGCUUGUUGUUUCUUCUUGUAGUUCAAUUGAAGAAGUGGUGAAAGAAGUUAAAGAUGACGAGCAAGCUGACUAUGACUCCAACAAUGAUAUUAUAUUCAGAAAUCUUAAAGUUCUUCGCCUUUCUAAUAUGUCUAAGCUAGUGAGCAUCCACAAGAGAGCUUUGGAUUUUCCUUCCCUAAAACGUAUUAGGGUAUUUGAGUGCCCCAAUCUAAAGAAGCUUCCUUUCAAUUCCAGCUUUACUUCCAAGAACAACUUGACUGUAAUCCAAGGAUCAACGAAGUGGUGGGACAAUUUAGAGUGGGAUGACACAAUCAUUCCAAGCUUACUACGUCCUAAUUUUGAACCAUUCAUCAUUCCAGAUCCGGAUGUUGGAUUAAUUAUUUAAUUAAUCAAUUAUGGAUUUUCAAUAAUCAAUUAUUAUAAAUUAAUGUUAUAAUUUAUAAUAUGGUCUACUGUAUUAAGCACUCAUUAGUUGAUGAAUAUGUAUGAUUGGGCUAUUCUUUUUAAAUGGACCGUGAUGGGUUGGACCAUUUAGCUAAGCCCAAUGAGAGGUCCCUGCCCUCAGCCGUUUAGCUAUUUAAACGUCAUCCCAUCGACGGUUAAAAAUUAUUAUGAACUCUUCUGGUGUUACACGGAAUGAGGGUAGUCAUCCUCUCAUCUUCUCCUUUUGACAGUUAUCUUUCAUCAACUUAAUUGAAUUGAAGGUACACAAAUUCUUCUUCCUUCUUUGUUACUGAUAUGCUAUAAUCUGUAUCUAUCUACUAAUCUCUAAGGCUAAACUCUAAAACUGUUAUCAAUUGGUAUCAGAGCCAAUUAGAUACAAUUUAUGGCUAUCAUUGUAUGAAUAAUAUUUAUGAAUCAAUGAGUAUGUACCAAUGCACUAUGAAUUUGUAGCGAUGCACUGUAUGAUUUCUGCCUAUCUCUCUAUGUCGUAUGUUUUGUUUUUUAAUCCUAUGCAUGUGGCUACUCUUAAAAUUGAAUGAACCAUGUUCUUAUUUGAAUAUUAUCUAUCUACCUUAUAUGUGAACUGAUCGUUUUAGUUUUGAUUCACAAAACCCCAAUAUUUUCGAGUUGCCAUUUCUCUAGUUUGGGUUAAUUAUUCAUGAAACCGAAUGAGGAAUUCUCUAAAUCGAUUGUUUCUGAACCAAACCCAAUUCACAUCGAAUUAGAGUCUAUAUUUUGCUAUGAACCCUAAUUUUUUCAUUCUUUGAUUGUGUCGAUAUUUAUCAAAAUUGAUAUAUGGGUUCUAUUCUUCUCUCAAUUUCGAUCAAUUCUGUACCAAAACCGCCACGUUUCACUGCCUAAAUCGUUAGAACCAGUCGGGUCAAUUUGGCAACCCGUUUUCUCUCUAACCGGGUGAAGAAGAACCCGGGAGCGUGGAUUACACGCGCUAUAAAAUAAAAUUAAAAAAACUUGAUGGAAAACCCAGAUGUGUGUUUGCGCCUGCCAUUUUCUAAAGUACCAAACUUUAUCUGCUUUAAAUGCCAAAUAAAUGUCGUUUACUAUUCUUAUAAUUUUGGCACAUUUAUUUGACACUCAUAAAUAUUUUAUGGAAAAUGCCGAAGUGCACGAGACAGAUAUCGUGCUUACUCCCGCGAAUGACUUGGCAAACUUCUGGGUCCACCGCUCCACUUUCUUAAAUUUUAAUUGAUACAAAAUGUCAAAAUUAACUUUAGACUUUUUUGUCUUACUCUCACCAGUUACCACAACUGUGAAGGAACUCGACUCAGUACAAUGCGUGAGCAAACACACUAUCACCGAACCACUUUUCUCCCUUAUUGCAAUUACGCCGCCGUGUCCGGUCAUCCUAACCAAUCAAUUUUUUAUUUUUCGAUGAUGAAUUCGACACACCCUCUUUAUCCGGUUUCUCUUGUCACAGUCCCACACCAUUACUAUGCUGAGCAGCUUUCUCCCUCUCUCUGUUUGGUUUUGUUUUGUGAAAAUUGUUUUCUUUUUUAUAACUUGCUCAACUUUUAUUAAGUUGUACUGAAGCACUUAAUGUAGGAUGAAGAAUAAUAAUCAUUUGCUAGAUUUGGAGUGAAGAAUUUAUUGUUUUGCGGGAGGUAGUAGUACUGUGAUAGCAGCGUUGAUUUGUAGUGGUAGUUGUGUUGGAGAACCACAACGAGGAACAACGAUGACGAAUGCUACAAUGGAGACAACAACAGUGACAAUCAAAAAACAAGUGGACGGCUGCAAUGAGCUUUACAGUUGAAAACGGUGGUGAGAUGUUCGUUAUCGGCAAGCGUGAUUUUCUCUUCCACGUAUGUUAUUUAGGAGUAUUUAUUUUAUCUUUAAUAUUAAAAACCUAUAAAAAUUAAAAAAGGAAGUUGGGUGGGGCACAAAGAGAUUGUUCGUGCAAUUCGUGGGGAUUGUUCUCGCACCAUAUAGCAUCACUGAUAUUUUAUAUGUUACUAGGGAUAAUUAAAUUAUAUUCUCA